CAUAGAGGAGCUGUCAUGGUGCUAGAAGAUAAUGCAUCUCAUCUCAUCUCAGUCACUUCCCCACCCGGCGACCAGAAACUCCCGCACCGGCUGCUGAUGGAGUCUUGACAAGUGAUUCUUGUCGAUCGGCCAGCUACGGCGGCGGUGGCCACGAAACGAUGGAAUUAGGUGCUUCUGUUUCCAUGUCUAUCCUGGAAAAGCUCGUCCAGAGCUGUUCCUUUCCAGAUUCAUGGCGGGGGCCGCCAGACGCUGAGGUCCAGGCUCUCAUAGGAUAUCUCGAAGAGCUACGGUCCUCCGUCCUGGAUCUUUCCAAGGAGGAUGAGGACGAGGAUGACUCUGCUACGUCGUCGUCCACGCUGAAGAUGAGCCUGACGAGCCAGUUGCAGGAACUUUGUUAUGAUGCUGAGGACUAUCUGGAGAUGGCGCAGCACUCCCGUGGUGGCUGCUCCUGGCAGAUCAGUUGGGUCCGGAGCAAGGCGACGAGGCAGCGCCCCGCUCUAAUCAGCGCAAAAGAUCUCUCCGGCCUCAUCUCCCGUGUGAAUCCGGCGAAAGAAAUAGCCCAAGCGUACAUCAAGUCUGCUAGUUCAAGAACCACCACCAAAGAGAAUGGCCCUAGGCCACAAGAAGAGCCUGCAAAAAGCAGUAGUCGCCGUGCCGUCUAUUCUGAUGAUACUCUACAGCCUGACAGCCAUGACGAGCAGCUAGUCAGGUUGCUGGCUUUGGAAAGUGAUCAGCAGCUCAAGACGGUGGCAAUCCUUGGCCUGCCUGGCGUUGGGAAGACAACACUUGCCAGAAGACUGUACCACUGCUAUGAAGGGAGGUUCCAUUGCGGGGCUUUCCUUCGGGCGUCCCGUAACCUGCAGGAUACCACCAGGCUUCUCGCCACCAUGCUAUCCAAGAUUAAGGGCCAACAAGGGUGCCGCUACUGGGGGGGCUCCGGUGAUGAGCAAGAUCUAAUCGACAGCAUCAGGCAACAUCUACAAGGAAAAUCAUAUUUCAUUGUGAUCGAUGAUUUAUGGGCUACAUCAGUGUGGGAUUUCUUGAGCCGUGCUUUUCCCAAGGAUAACUGUGGCAGCCGAAUAGUAAUAACUACUCAAGUUACAGAAGUUGCAUUUGCUUGCUGUAACAACCACACAGUUGAUAUAUUCAAUAUGAAACCUCUGGACGACGAUCAGUCACUGCAAUUGUUUUACAGUCGAGUAAAGCAUAUAAAUGGUUAUAAUGCUGAAGAAUGCAAGGCCAUAUCACAUGGAAUCGUCAGCAAUUGUGGUAAUCUUUCACCGCUAGCUAUCAUAAAUAUAGCUGGCAUGUUAGCAGGCUGGGCGGAUUUCAAUAUGAAUGACUGGGAGUACGUAAGCAAGUGUUGUACAUCAACAGCAAAUCUUACUACCGAGGAGGCGACGGAGAGAUUUCUGAACCUUAUGUACAACAAGCUUCCAGCCAAAUUGAAGACGUGCCUGCUCUAUCUCAGUAUGUAUCCAGAGGGCUGUGUCAUCGGAAAGGAUGAUUUGGUGAGACAAUGGGCAGCUGAAGGUAUUUUCAGUCAAGUGGUGGAACCAAAAGGUAGAGAACAUGAAGUGGGUUUUAUUUAUUUUGAUGAGCUCCUGAAAAGAGGAUUGAUCCAGCCUGUAGAUACAGACUACAAUGAUCAAGUGUUGUCAUGUAUAGUUCAUCAAGUGGUACUGGAAUUUAUUACAAAGAAAUCAAUGCAGGAAAACUUCAUCACUGUCGUGGAUUAUCGUGAAACAGGGACAGUGCUUGAUGAUAAUAAGGUUCAUCGACUGUCUGCCAGGUUUGAAGGUGCCAAAAGUGCACAGAUACCGCGGAGCUUCAGAGUACGCCAAGUUCGGUCCUUUAUGUUUUCUGGAUUCAUUAAAUCUUUACCUUCCCUUCUCAAGUAUUGCCUUGUCCGAGUUCUGAUUCUUCAUGUUUGGAGUGAUGAUCAAGGCAAGACUGUGGUUCUAGACCUUUCUCCAGUUGGUAAUAUGCUUCAUGUAAGGUACCUGAAGGUGGUAAGCAACAUGAUAGUCAAACUCCCACUCAUUAUUCGAGGCCUGCGACACUUAGAGACACUCGAGGUGGAUGCAGAAGAAGUCGCUGUUCCACUGGAUGUUUUCAUCUUGAAGAGCCUGUUGCAUCUCCGACUUCCGAGCAAGGCUUAUCAGCCUGAUUCAGAUAUUCAAAGGAUUGAUUUAACAAAUACAUUUCCUUUAAGAUUUCUGCCCUUCGUCAGAGCGUUGUCAAUGCUAGGGCGGUUUCUCCUCUCCCAUGGCCAUCGGAUUCGCCAUUUGACAUCACUUCAAAGUCUUGGCUACUUUGACCUAAGCACUUGCUCCAGAUAUACUGUGUGGCAACUUGGCAAGCUGACCAAUUUGAGGGAUCUUCAUCUAACCUGCUCUGCAGUUCGUUCCAGGCAUCGAAUUAGCAACAUCCAAUGCCUUGCCUCUGUUCUGGGGAAAUGCACCAGCCUCGAAUCUCUAACUAUCCGUGGCGAAGCAUCUUCAAACCAGAGCAUUUCUUUUGAUGGCUUAAGCAGCUUGUCUUCUCCACCGUACAACCUCGUGAGCUUUGUGCUGUCCCCGAGGAUUUUCAAAAUGGCGAAGCUCCCAAAGUGGAUUGGGCAACUCAGCAGGCUCAGUACGCUAAAGAUUGCUGUUGGCGAGCUGUCAAGUGAAGAUGUUGACAUCCUCAAAGGACUCUCUGCCCUCACUGCUCUUUCUCUCUACGUUCGGAGAAACCCUAAGAAAGGAAGCUGGAUCCUAUUCAGUAAGGGCUUCGCAGUGCUCAAGUAUUUUAAGUUCACUUGCACUGCACUGUGCGUGAAAUUUAGUGAACAAGCUAUGCCUGCUGUCCAAAGGCUGAUUGUGUGCUUCAAUGCUAACACAAUGCAGCAGUACAGGCCGGAAGAUGCAGGAAUUUGGUACCUGUCAGGCCUUCAAGUUAUCUCUGCCAGAAUAGGAGCUGCCGGUAUUGAUCAAGCCAGCAGAGAAGCCGCGAAAUCUAGGUUGCUGGACGCCAUUCUUAGCAACCAUCCAAAGCCUCCUCCUAUCAGAAACGUGCAAAUGGUGGACUGGGUUAUUCAUGGCGACACAGAGGAGUGUUCAACCGGUGUGAUGAUACGUAAAGAUGAAAGCAGCCGUGAGCAUACUAGGUCAUUUUUAAGUCAGUUCCCGUUCAGAAGACGACCCCUGCUUCCCUCCAUAUUCACAAGGCGUGGCCAGGAUGAUGAGCAACAUAAAAUCGAAGAAAAUGAUGUGCUACAAGAUAGUAUUAUCUUAAGGAAAUCCUCUUCGCUAAUGCAAAAACCAGGUUGGGUCACCCGCAGAUCAAGGAGUACUGGUGUUGGCCUUCUGAUGGCCGUGCGAGGGUCCACAUACAUGAUCAGGCAAUAUAUAAAGGAGCCAGGAUUCAAUGUAGCGAAUGAGAUGGCAUCCAUCAACCAGGAGAUAAGACAGAUUGGUAGAAUGAUGGUCAUAUCAGGCAAUAUAUUGGAGCCGCCGGAAUGGAUUCUGCAAGCCCAAGACCUGGCCUGUGAUGUGCAGGAUUUCACGGAUAUCUACACAUGGCUGCAAAGCAAAUCGCGGAGGCGUGCCCUUGCACAUAUAGGCUACAUAGCGCAGCUGAAGGAUCGGAUCAGCAGCCUUCGAGAGUGGCAACAGAGAGGAGGCAGCAGCAGCAGCAGCAGCCAGCAGGAGCGUGCUGCUGCCUUGUCCUUCUCGCGGCGAUCAUGCGGGCCUUGCGCCCCUGAGGAUGUGCUAGUUGGCAUUGAUCAGCCCAGAAAAGAACUUUCGGACCUCAUUUUCGAAAGGGAGGAUGUUGUGCAUAUCGUGCAACAGAAGCCCAGGGUGGUCUCUGUCGUUGGGUAUAGUGGCAUUGGCAAGACAGCCCUGGCAAGAGCAGUCUACUACGACCGUAGUGUCCGUUCUGCCUUUGACGACGUUGCUUGGGUUGUGGCAUCUGAGUGCAGCCAUGGGUGCGACCUUGUAAGUAAGAUCUGCCAGCAGGUCAAGGACGAACAAGCAGGGAACGGUGCUGUCGUCGUCCCUGAUUGUUAUAGGUUAAAAGAGAUUAUGCGGGAUAAAAGGUUUCUUAUCGUUAUUGACGACCUUCACGGAGCUGGCAUGUGGAACGAUAUAAAAGGUGUCUUCAGUGAAACUCACAGUGGCAGUCGAAUAAUCGUUACCACGAGUAUUCAGUCGGUCGCCGCUGCCUGCACUCCUGAGCCGCGAUACAUUUACAGGAUGCCAAGUCUUGGUAAUUUGGACUCUGAAAAGCUACUGUGGAUGAGGGUCGGCAGGCAUGCAAGCCGUACGCCUGCUCUGGAGCAUGCUUUAGGCAACGACACCUUGAAAAAAUGCGGCGGUCUACCUCUGGCACUGAUCAGUGUUGCCAAUCAUUUGUGUCUUGGGAAAGCAUUAUUUGAGGAGAUGGACAGGGUUCUUGCCAAAUGCUAUGACAGCUUGCCUGACAAUGCUCACAGGAUGUGCUUGCUGUCCCUGAGCACAUUCCCUCAGGGUCAUGUGAUGAAGAGGAAGAGGCUAAUUAGAAGAUGGAUAGCUGAAGGAUUGGCUGUCGUCGGAGACUGUGAGCUCAGUGCUGAACAAGUUGCCGGUAACAUAUUUGAUGUGUUGAUUGACAGGAACGUUACUGAGCCUGUGCUGACUGCUGGCCACGGUUCUCGUAGUAAGGUCAAGGCAUGCUUAGUUCUUGGUGUGAUCAAGGACUUCAUCAACAAAACGGCAGUCUCAAAUGAGACUGUAGCUAUAAUCCAGAACGAUGAGCUUCUCCUUCCCAACAGGAUGCUGGUCGCCCAUCGCCCUGUUCGUCGACUGCUUGUUCAUGGAGGCACAACAAAGAAAAGUGAAGCUGUUGCAAAGGCGAUCGGACUGGAUCAGGUCAGGUCGCUGACAAUCUGCAAUGCUGUGCCCUUUGACUUCCAGGGCUGCUGGUUGCUGCGGGUCUUGGACCUGGAGGCUUGCCAGGGGAUCGACAAGAGCAUCCUUGGCAGCAUAUGCAAGCUGGUGUUUCUCAAGUACCUGAGCCUUAGGGGCACCGAUGUUUACGGAAUACCCAAGAAAGUAAAAAAGCUCCAGUGUUUGGAGACGCUGGACCUCAGGGACACACGGGUUGAAGAACUGCCCAUCCAAGUCUUGAUGCUCCCACGGUUGGCCCAUCUGUUUGGCAAGUUUGAGCUACCUCCACAGCUCAAGCAUGGUCAUCGAACCGCAAGGAGGAGGAGGAGUAGGCUGCAGGCAUUUUUCUCCCAGAGAAGCAGGCUGCAGACUCUUUCAGGAUUCGUCAUGGUGGAUGAUAGCAACAGCUUCGAGCACAUGAUGAUAACCAUAAAGUCACUGAGGAAGGUUAAGGUAUGGUGCAAGAAUUCAAUCUCCUCCCACCAAGAACGCCAUCUCGCUUCUUCCCUUCAGCAACGGCUAGUAGCAGGAAACAGUAAUCCCCUAGAAUCUCUGUCAAUUGAUUUUGGCAAUGAAUCCAUCAAUUUCCUCAAUGAUGUUGGAGCUAUCAGUGCACUUAUUGGCUCUAUGAAGCUACAGGGAAGGCUAACCUCGCUCCCUAGCUUCAUGACUUCGUACGAUACUACACUCUCCCAGCUGCAGCUGUCCUCAACUGGUUUGGGCAUAGAAGCCUUGUCCCUGCUGCAGAUCUUACGUCGGCUGGUUUCUCUGAAGCUCGCUCAGGAUGGUGAUGGAUUUUGGGGUGACUGCUUCGCUGUUAAGAAGGAUGGAUUUCCAAGCCUUUUACGCCUGUGCAUUCAGGCCAGGGAGCUUCCCCAGUUGCACAUCCAUGAAGGAGGCAUGAGCUCUCUCACCUCCCUCGAACUACUCUGUCCCAUGUUCGCUAGUCGCGGUCAAUCUGACUCUGACUCUGACUCUGACUCUGACAAUCUGUCCCCAGUUGCAUUUCGGUACGCGUACGCGGAAACCUAUUCAGAGAAGAGAUCCAAACAAGUUCUUUCGGUAGAGAAGCCCAAAGCAGUUGAUCCCGGGAUCAGCUUCAAGGAACCAAGUUCUGAGACAAGAUCAGAAGGAACUGAAAUUCAGGAGAUUGAUUCCCCUAAAACGUCCAAGGAGGCUGGUCCCAGCAUAGGCUUCAAGGAACCAAGUUCUGAGACAAGAUCAGAAGGAACUGAAAUUCAGGAGAUUGAUUCCCCUAAAACGUCCAAGGAGGCUGGUCCCAGCAUAGGCUUCAAGGAUAUUAUUCUUCCGGAGAACACAUUCAGAAGAAACUUUUCGAAGCAAGUCAAAAGUAGAUUUGAUCUGAAACAACACUUCAAGGGAAUGGAGUACCUCCAAUGUCUCAAUGAGCUGGUACUACAUCGUUCUGUUAGCGACGAGGUAUUGGAUGCCUGGACAAAACGAGCAAGCAGUCACAUCAAUAGGCCAAAGGUGACAAGGCAAUGCACAAGAGCAGCGCUGUCGAUUGGUAGAGGCCCGGGAACAGCGAAGCACGAGAAAGAAGGGCAGCACAGAAGCCAGCUCAUGAAAAAUAGAGGUUCAGAAACAGCAAUCCAUGAGGAGGUAGCAGAGCAACACAGCUCAGUAGAAACGAGCCGUGAGGAAGCAGGAUUAUUCCAAGAACAGACCUCAGAUACAAGUCACAAAGAAGAAGAAGAAGAAGAAGGAGAAGGAGAAGAAGAAGAAGAAGAAGAAGAAGAAGAAGAAGAAGAAGAAUGUACUAGUGAAGUAGGAGCGGGUAAACACAGCUCAGUAGGAACGAGCCGUGAGGAAGCAGGAUUAUUCCAAGAACAGACCUCAGAUACAGGUCACAAAGAAGAAGAAGAAGAAUAUAUGAGUGAAGACUGGGCAUUAAGUCAACCAUGCGACAUGCUCAUUGGCAACAGGAUGACCGUACGAUGUCUAGGAUGGCCAGAUUCUUGGCGACUACGAAGUGGCAUGAUAUCUUCCCCCAUGCUGAUCUGCAGGCCAUUGGGUCCGUGACCUCAGAUCAUUGUCCCUUACUUAUGCAAGGUUUAUCUACCUUUAGUUUCUAUAGGGGGUUUAGAUUUGAAGUUUUUUGGACAAAAAUUGAUGGGUUCAAUGAGGUGGUUCAGCAAGCUUGGACAUCUAGUGUUCGUUCUUCCGAUGCCAUUCUUAGGCUGCAUGUGAAGAUGAUCCGCACGGCUAAAGCUCUAUUGAUCUGGAGACGAAAGACAGUAGGCAAUUUUAAAGAUCAAUUAGCAAUCAUUCAGACCGUCCUUACUCUUCUUGAGAAAGCACAGGAAUCCAGGCAACUUUCCGGGGACGAGCUAGAGUUCAGAAGAAGUCUAAAAAUGAAAAUCCUUGGGCUAGUGACAGUCCAAAAGGCAAGAGCUAGACAACAUUCCAGACUUGUCUGGAUGCGUCUGAGAGAUGCAAACACAAAAAAAAUUCAUCUGAUGGCAAAUAAUAGAAGAAGGAAAAUUUUCAUCAGAUCGCUGGUUCGUGAUGACAGGUUGCUCACCAGUCAGGAAGACAAACUGCAUGAGGCCCACCAUCAUUUCACUGAAGCUAUUGGUAGAAGGGGUGAGAGACAGAGGGCCGUUCGGUGGGGUAACCUAGGCUAUAGUCCAUUUGACUUAUCAGAUCUGGAUUUCUUGUUCAACGAGGAUGAGAUUAAAAAUGUGGUUAUAGGGAUGCACUCUGAAAAGGCGCCGGGUCGAGAUGGUUUUAUAGGGAUCUUCUAUAAGAGUUGUUUUGAGCUGAUUAAGGAUGAUCUAUCAAGUGCAAUUCAUGAUUUCUAUCA